GGCGUAGAUCUCAUAUCACGUGAUGUGCGAUUGGGAUCGGUUGCUGAACGAAAAUGGCGACGUACGAAUGGCAUGCCAAACCUAGAGAGUAUGAAGCUGAGAAAAGGAAACUCUUGCUGAAAGGUGAUCUUACUGUAGAUCAUCCUCUCAAGCCUAUAACGGUGCACGUGGCUGAAGCAAAGCUUCGCAAGUCAACUGGCCGCACAGGCACCAGCACUACCCCUAAGCAGGAUGUUGCUGCUAAGAAAGCAACCUCUCUUGUUGAUCCGUUGAGCAGUGCCUUGGAAGGCAGUGAUCCCUUGUCACAGUUUGCUGCUGCAGCUGCUGCCAAACCCAAGGUGGACCCACUCUCUGAUCCUCUGUCUCUUGCACUCGGUGCUUCCAAGAAAGAUGCUACUGAUUCAGCAGCUCAAGGGGCUCCUAAAGGACUGGAUGACUCCUUUGAGCCAUGGUCUAGUAAGAAAGCUGGUAUCCUGAGCAAAUACACAACCUCAGAGAAACUUUCUAUCACAACAAGCUUUUUAUCACCUGCUGAUAGAGAAAAAGUGACGGUGAAAACUCAGGUAGUCCAAGGCACAGUCACUGACAAGGUCAAGAACAGACUCGAGCAGCUUGAUGACUUUGAGGAGGGUUCUGUGAAAGAGAUGCUGAAUCUCAGUCAACAGGAAUAUGUCUACCGUAUCGAGGAGCUUAACCAAGCACUUAUCAAUGCAUGGGACUUAGAUCAGAAAGUCAAGGCUCUCAAAAUAGCCAUUCAGUGUUCCAAGCUUCUAGCUGAUAUUUCAGUAAUUCAGUUCUACCCCAGCAAGUUUGUCCUCAUCACAGAUAUACUUGACACAUUCGGUCGUCUAGUCUAUGACAGGAUCCGCAAGAAAUCAACCUACCUUCCUCCAGGUAGCUCCACCCCUCAAGUCCUCCCUGUUCACUUCACCCCUGAACAGGUGCCUAACUCAGCCAAGGAAACCUGCAGGAAUUGGUUCUUCAAGAUCGCUUCCAUCAGGGAACUCAUCCCAAGACUUUAUGUAGAGACAGCAAUAUUGAAAUGUUACAGCUUCCUAACAUCAGGGGAGUACUCUCAAGCAUUGCUUAGACUGACCAAUCAGAUGCGAGGAAUUGGUGACCCUCUGGUCGCUAUCUAUGCCAGAGCAUACCUUUGUAGGGUUGGAAUGGAUGUUGCCCCCAACGCCCGUGAUCAUCUCAUUAGUAACUACUAUGACUUCCUAGGCACAUACACACAGCUUCAAGGUGAUACUGUACAGAAUAUCUUAGCAGUUCAGAGACUUGACAUGACAUCCUAUCUAUCCCUCUACUCACCGGCUUUAGAUUGGAUUCUACAGUCAGUAGCAUACAAUGCAUCAGAGGAAGUCUUGACGGAGAUUUUGGACAAAUGCAAGAAGCAGUGUAACAGUGCAUUGCUUCUGAACUCUGUCAUGUCAGCAUUUAAACCUGAGUACAUCGGUAGUAGAGCAAUAAAGUUCAUUGAACUCAUCAAGGAAAGUCAAGAGGAAGGGUUCCCUAAGCAUAAUCUAUACCGAUCACUGGGUACCAAUCUGACCAUGACAGAUCCUCCAGAACAACAAAGAUUAUCUGUUCUUAAUGAAGUAUGGAAAGCUGUCAUGAAGCUCAAGAGCCCAUCGGAUUACAUCAGUUGUGCUGAGGUCUGGAUUGAGUAUCCCUGCCGUCAUUUCACUAAAAAGGAGGUGAAUACAAUCCUUGGUGAUAUCAUCAAACACAUGACACCGGAUAGAGCUUUUGAACAACACUACCCACAGCUCCAAUCUGUGAUGUCCAAGGUUUUAUCCCACAUGCACAACUUUUCAAUACUCUUUGUUAUGGACAAGUUUCUUCCGUUCGUUGACAUGUUUCAGAAGGAUUCUGUGAAGGUUGAGAUUUGUAAGACAAUCAUGGAGGCAUUCUGCAAAUACCAAGAGGAACAAACAAGAGACCCAGUCAUAGUAAACGCUGUCAUGUUUAUCUGUAAGACCAUGCAUGAUUCUAUCAAUGCCUUAACUCUGGAUGAUGAGAGGAGAGAUAUUGGAGCACUGAUUUCUGGCUUCAUUCGGAAGAUAAACUAUGGAAGAGACUUUGAGCAGCAGCUAUCAUUCUAUGUAGAAUCGAGGGCUAACUUCAGCAAUCUUGAUGCAGUAUUGGUCACACUUGUGCAGUGUGUGAACAGUCUUGCUGCAGAAACAUGUGCUGUUAUGAAGGGUAACCAUUCAAGGAAAACAUCUGCAUUUGUUCGGGCAUGUGCUGCAUAUUCCUUCAUCACCAUUCCAUCAAUAGUGGGUAUCUUUCAUCGUCUAAACCUCUAUCUAGCAUCAGGGCAAGUAGCUGUACUCAACCAAGCUCUUACACAAGCCGAUGCUUUCUUCAAAGCUGCCAUCAGUUUGAUACCGAGUGUACCUAGAAUGCUUGAGAUUGAUCGUAAAAUGAGACCAACUGAAUCUCUUCUCCUCGGCUAUGUGAACAAUUUCCUCUCCACUCUACUAACAGUACCGGAUAACCCAGAGCAAGGAUGUCUCUAUCUCCUUAGGGGUCUUCUCAAUGUGUUCCAGGACUACGCCUGGGAUACCCACAGUGAUGCUAAGGUCCGUGUCUACAUGAAUGUACUCUGCCUGCUCUCAGCUCAAUCCCAGGACCAGUAUGCAUACCAUGUCAAAAACGUGGAUUCAAAUGACGCCCUCUAUGGCAGCGAUAGGAAGUUUUUAGGAGAGGUCAACUCCGUAGCUGGGACCCUCAUCCUGUCUAUCCUUGACCACUGCAAGACUCUUGGUCAAGAUGUUGGUUUGAAAAGACAAGCAGUGAUUGCUAGUGAGUUCUUUGAAUACAUCAUUCUCCAUGGAGACAUUGAUAAACCAGCUAUGUCUGGACUAGCCCUCAAUCUUUGGAACCUUGCACAGAAGAAUGGCCAAGCCGACACAAAAUACAUGGUUCGUCUGCUUGAAUACGUGAAGCGUAAGGGUGGCAAACCAGGAGGGAAAGCUUAUGCAGAUUUAUCUUCUAGCAUGACAUUGCAGACUAGAACGUAAUAUGAAAGUAACAUUCCUUUUUGGGGGGAGGGGGGAAGGACCAUGUUCACCGAUACUUCCUCCCCCUUUUUCUUGCAUACCCAUCUACAUGUAAAUGUAUACAUAGCUCCAGUCAUCUUUAAGCGAUAAAUGUAUCCCUUUUUCUUACUCUCCUUUCUGGAUACAAAUUCAAUUUCCUUAUUUUUAUCAUCUU